CCCAUCAUGCUAUAUGGUCCUUUGAAGCUGGUCUUUUUCACACUCCUGUUCAUCACAGGAUUGUCAGACAUCAGCUCUUUGGAGAUCUACCCCAGUGACCCUGAAGUCAUCCUCACUCUUUCAAGAAAUUUUUCCCUGACAUGCUCAGGACAGAAUGAGAUAAUCUGGAAAAAAGAUAAACAUAACAUUGAUGCUGUGCUGGAGAAUAAAGGUGCCAUUUUUGUUAGCACCCUCACACUCUGGAAUGUGACUGGCAUCAACACAGGAGAGUAUUCUUGUGCCUACAAUCAAACUCCCAGACAAGGGCAAACAGAGGGGAAAGCUAUCUACAUCUUUGUACCAGACCCAUCUUUGCCCUUCCUUCCUAGCAGUCCAGAGGACAUGUUUGUUUUCAGCACAGGCCAUACAGAGGACAUUAUUCCCUGCCGUGUGACAGAUCCCAACACUUCAGUGACCCUUUAUGAAAGGAGGACCGAGGACCCAAUUGUUGCCACUUAUAACAAUAAGCAAGGCUUUAAGGGGUACUUUGAAGACAAGACCUUUGUCUGCAGGGCAACAGUGGAUGACCAAGAAAUUGACUCGGAAGCAUACUAUGUCUACAGGAUCCAAGUGCCUGCCUCUUCAGCCUUCAUCAUCAAUGUUUCUAUCAGUGCUGUACAGACCAUAGUGAAGCAGGGUGAAAAUAUCACUGUAAUGUGUGCAGUGAAAAACAUUGAAUUGAUAGAUUACACUUGGAGAUAUCCUGGUCAGAUGGUGGGCAAGGUGGUACAUCCAGUGACAGACAUUUUGCCUGGGAUCAGCCAUUCUACUAUCUCCAUCCUAACAAUUCACAAUGCAGAGUUAGAAGAUGAAGGGCUGUAUAUCUGUGAAGCCACUGAAACCUACCAUGGGGGAAAAGAAACAAAAGAAAUCUUUAUCAAAGUGAUUGAGCAUGGAUUUGUGAGCUUCCUCACUAUUCUGAAUGACACUGUGUUUGCUGAGCAGCAUAAAAGUUGCACUUUCCACGUGCAGAUUGAAGCCUAUCCAGUCCCCACCAUCAUGUGGCUCUGGAAUAAUCAGCCCCUGAUUUUAGAGGGCAACAGCGGGUUUGCUAUCAGCACUAGGAAUUUGUCAGAAACUAGGUAUCAGACUUCCCUAUCCCUCAUAAGGGUGAAACAGAGUGAGGGAGGCUUAUACACUAUUCGAGCAUUCAAUGAAGAUGAUUCGCAGGAGAUGUCCUUCUAUUUACAGAUUAAUGUCUCAGCUAAGGUGAUUGACCUCAUAGAAAACAUCAACUCUACCAGUGGGGAGCAAACAGUGACGUGCAUCACAGAAGGAAUGCCCCUGCCAGAAGUUGUCUGGUAUAUCUGUAAUAAUGCCAAAUGGUGUAAUGGGGAAGCAACCAGAAUUCUGGGGAAUGUCUCUGGAGAGAUGGAUCUGCAGACAAAUUUCACAUACCAAGAUGACCUGAAGAUUUACACUGUGACAAGCAAAUUGCAUUUCCACAGAGUAGAUGAGCCAGUCUUUAUAAGUUGUGUUGCUCAAAAUGCCUUGGGCACACAUGCUCAGAACAUCACCCUGGUCCCAUACAACUUGCCCUUUAAAGUAAUCAUCAUCUCAGUCAUCUUGGGCUUGCUGGUGAUCAUGGUUCUUUUCCUGGUGAUCCUCAUUGUCUUAUGGAGAAAAAAACCUCGCUAUGAAAUCCGCUGGAAGGUAAUUGAAUCAGUCAGCUCCGAUGGACACGAAUAUAUCUACGUAGACCCGAUGCAACUGCCUUAUGACUCCAGCUGGGAGCUUCCCCGGGACAAGCUUGUUCUAGGACGCACGUUGGGCUCAGGAGCCUUUGGACGAGUGGUGGAAGCUAUAGCCCAUGGUAUGAGUCACACGCAGUCCAUGAUGAGGGUGGCUGUGAAAAUGCUCAAGUCUACUGCCAGAAGCAGUGAGAAGCAAGCAUUGAUGUCAGAACUGAAGAUCAUGAGUCAUCUGGGGCCUCAUCUGAACAUUGUCAACUUGCUUGGAGCCUGCACCAAAGGAGGCCCUAUUUAUAUCAUAACAGAGUACUGUCGCUAUGGAGACCUGGUGGACUACCUACACAGGAACAAGCACACUUUCCUACAAUACUACAAUGAAAAAGCCAAGCAGGAAGUGGAGAUGUAUGGGAAUGCCCUCAAUGAGGACAGGGUGCAAAGCCAUACUUCCUUAUCCGUGGAAAGCGAUGGGGGCUACAUGGAUAUGAGUAAAGAUGAGUCACUGGAUUAUGUGCCAAUGUCAAACAUGAAGGGUGAAAUCAAGUAUGUGGACAUUGAUUCCUCCAAUUAUGGUGCUACCUAUGAGCUGGACAGUUAUUCUCCAUCAGCUCCUGAAAAGGUUACUUUGAUAAAUGAGUCUCCACUCCUCAGCUACACAGACCUUGUCGGAUUUAGCUUCCAGGUGGCCAACGGAAUGGAGUUCUUGGCUUCCAAAAAUUGCGUGCAUCGGGACCUGGCUGCAAGAAAUGUGCUGAUCUGUGAGGGGAAGUUGGUAAAGAUCUGUGACUUUGGCUUAGCUAGAGAUAUCAUGCGGGAUUCAAAUUACAUCUCCAAAGGCAACACCUUCUUGCCUUUGAAAUGGAUGGCACCUGAGAGCAUCUUUAACAACCUGUACACUACUUUGAGUGAUGUGUGGUCCUUUGGGAUUCUUCUCUGGGAAAUAUUCACUCUGGGUGGGACUCCGUACCCUGAAUUGCCCAUGAAUGAACAAUUCUAUAAUGCCAUCAAACAUGGCUAUCGGAUGGCCAAGCCAACACAUGCGUCUAAUGAGAUCUAUGAGAUCAUGCAGAAAUGCUGGGAAGAAAAAUUUGAAAUCCGACCUGCUUUCUCUCAGCUGGUGGUGCUCAUGGGGAAUCUGCUGGCAGACUCCUAUAAGAAGAAGUACCAACAGGUGAAUGAAGAAUUCUUGAAGAGUGACCAUCCUGCUGUUGUCCGCACAAGGCCAAGAAAUGCAGGACUCAACAAUUCCACAUCCAGUGCUAACUACAUAGCCAAUUCAGGUUCUGUCCUCUAUACGACCGUAGAGCAGAAUGGAGUGGACAAUGAUUAUAUCAUUCCGCUGCCUGACCCUAAACCCGAAGGAGUAAAUGAUACACCGCAGGAGCCUUCCAGCAGCCGGGCAAGCUCUCCACUGAACGAAGCCAACACAUCGUCUACUAUAUCCUGUGACAGCCCACUGGUUCCACAGCAGGAAGAGGAACAGGCACCAGAAAUGCAGACAGAUUGCUAAGGUUAUUAG